AUGGCUCGCUCGACCGACCCAGAAGAGCCGCUCCAGGUCAAGGUGGUCGUGUAUGACCUUCUUCCGCCCUCUCGACUCGGCUCGCUCCUCAACUUCAUCGGCUCGGGCGUGUACCACUCGAGCGUUCAGCUCUCGCUCCCCCUCGGACCCUCCGACCUCGACCCCUCCCCGCUCGAGUACGCCUUUGGCGGCCACGACGAGCCAGGCCUGUCCGGCAUCUUCAGCAUCCCCGCCGGCACCGCCGCGUCCCGCAUGCCCGGCCUGCGCUACUACACGACCGUCGACUGCGGCGACGCGUUCGGCGACGACUGGCGGCGCGCGUUCCGGCCGCAGGGGCGCGACGGCAGCGGGCGCGAGGCGAGGUCGGACGAGGCCGGUGGUGGCGGCACAGGGGCGCCGUACGGCGGGUGGGCGGCGGUCGGCUCGCGCUCGACGGUCAACCUCGCGAGCGGCGGCGACGGCGACGACCCGUUCCAGGACCCGGCGGGCGGCGAGGGCAUGGACGACGACGACGACGGAGGCGCGAGUGACGGGACAGGGUACAUGACGAGGGCAGAGAGGCGGGCGUGGCGCAUCAUCCAGGACCUCAAGCGCGAUCCCGAGUGGAACGGCACCAAGUACCGGUUACUCGAGAAGAACUGCAACCACCUGACGCACGAGCUCGUCUGGCGCCUGACCGGUCGACGGCCGCCCUCCUGGCUCAACCGAGCAGCCUGGGUCGCCACCUCGCUGCCGUGCAUCGUGCCCGCCGGCUGGAUCGACGACGCCGACCAAGCCGCACCGACCGCCGAGACCGCCCACAUCCCCGACCCGGCGCAUCUCGCAGGCGACGACGACACGCUCAUCAUCAAGCCUCCUCGAGCCGACAAGAUGGACCUCGGCGGGCGUCCACGCUGA